AAGUUUUCCGUUGUGGGUUCUGAAGAAACGGGCGUGGAGGCAUCGGUUGAUGGCGUUUUGGGUGGCUUUGGAAAGGUUAAUGAUGUUGAUAUAAAGGGCAGUGAAGCUUUUUUACAGACCCUUUUCUUUGAACGGUUUAACAACGCGGCUAGAACUCAGCAUCUUGUUGCUCUUGAUUGUGGUUCUGGGAUUGGGAGAAUCACCAAGAAUCUUUUAAUAAGACAUUUUAAUGAGGUUGAUCUUCUUGAGCCUGUGUCUCAUUUCUUAGAUGCUGCUCGUGAAAGUUUAGCUUCUGAAAAUCAUGUGGCCUCUGAUACGCACAAGGCUGCUAAUUUUUUUUGUGUUCCUCUUCAGGAAUUUACUCCAGAUGCAGGAAAAUAUGAUGUCAUAUGGAUACAGUGGUGCAUUGGGCAUCUGACGGAUGAUGACUUCGUUUCAUUCUUUAAGAGAGCUAAGGACGGCCUUAAACCUGGUGGAUUUUUUGUCCUGAAAGAGAAUAUUGCAAGAAGUGGAUUUGUUUUGGACAAUGAAGAUCGAAGUAUUACUAGAUCCGAUUUAUACUUCAAGGAGCUUUUCAGUCGGUGUGGAUUACACAUCUACAAAUCAAAGGAUCAAAAGGGAUUGCCUGAGGAGUUAUUUGCUGUGAAGAUGUAUGCUUUAACAGCUGAUAUGCCAAAGAAAGUGCAUAAGACCAGAUCUAAAACGCGAGCAAACAGGCCUGGCAUCAUCCAAUGAGGUUUUGCAAUUUUAAGUUCUAAUUGCUGCAAAGAUAAUUGGCUCUUCUUAAAUGAAAAAGGAGACUGUACAUGUGAUCUGAUUAGUUUGAAGCCUAGGCAGAGCUGACAUAUUGUUAAAAUUUUAAUGGUUUUCAGAUUUUAUUUUGUGUAUGAUAAGCAGCUUGUAGUUGUCUUCAAAUGAUUUACUUUUGCAUUGAAACUAAAAAUUGUUUCUUCA